CAUUUAAAAAUAGAUCUAUGGUUUGCAACUCAUUUAAACUUAUAAAGAAACUUUCUGGCUGGCCCAUGUACCCCUACUAGGAAUUCCCUUUAUGACACCUUCUAUCUUUGUUAUAAAUCAAGCGUUCGUCUAUUUACUGUAUCUGAAAACGUAAUCCGGCAGCAACCUGGCAACUGAUAAACUUUCGUAGUGAUAUUCCGACUUAUUCUUUGGAUUAUGCUCUUGUAUAUAUUGAAUUUCUUGCUGGACAUCAAGCGUUUAGGUGAAUUUCAAAUAAGUAGAUAAUGCUGCCAUCCACCAAGAGAAGACCUGACCAAUCUCGGAAGGCAGUUGAAUUCUUCAAUGCCGUUAGAUCAGAAAAUGUUAAAAAGGUGAAAAUGAUGAUAGGAAAGCGUGAAUUCGAUGUUAACGAAAAAGAUGUGGCUGACAAAAAAUCUCCCACACCAUUGCUCAUUGCUGCUGAAAAGGGAAAUUUUGAGAUCGUAAAAUUACUUCUAAAAGCUAAACCAAGACCUGCAGAUGUGAAUGCUCAAGAUAAAACAGGGAAGAGAGCAAUUUGGUAUGCAGCUCGGUAUGGUCACAAAGAGAUGGCUGAAUGGUUGUUAGGUGCAAAAGGCCAGGAAUGUGAGGUGGACUACCUUGAUCCUGCAUCAGGUUGUACGCCUCUUUUCACUGGGAUUUUAGCAAAUCAUGCAGAUGUUUGUCGUAUGAUCAUUCAUGCAGGUGCAGAUGUCAAUCUUAGACGUCUUGGCUUUAAUGAGAAUUCAGAGUCGCCAUUGAUAAAAGCAAUCCAGAUGGACAAUUUAGAGAUAGUAGACAUGCUGUGUAACUCAUUGUGCAAUAUGGAAGCUAAGACUGAAGAUGGACUUACUGCACUACAUUAUGCUGUAGCAUAUCGUCGUUAUGACAUCACAGAGUAUUUACUCGAGAACAGUGUUAAGAUACAAGCAGAGACGCAUCAGGGUGUCACAGCCAUGGCAAUAUCAGUUGAACACUUCCUCCCUGCAAUGUGUAGGAUCCUCAUAGAGUUUGGAUAUAAGAUGAACAAAGCAUACAAAUGGAAAGAGACGCCCUUAGAGCAUGCAAUUAAACUCCACAGUGAGGACUGUGCUAUGAUUAUGGUUCAGUGGGGAUGCAAGCUAAAACAUCCAAAUAGGAAAAUAUCCUAUUUUGAACUUGCCAUAAAGGAAGGUCUGAUUAGAUUGGCGAAAUUGAUGAUCCAAAUAAGACCUGAAUUUCUCCAAGAACCAUGGGUUAAACAGAAACACAUACACCUAUCUAUUUAUAAAAAGCCUGAAUUCUAUAAACUCAUAUUUGAGUUAUCAAAAUCACCUUUACCAUUGUUUGAGCUCUGUCGCUCACAAAUUUUCAAACAUUUAGGCAAAUAUGCUGUUUCGAAAGUGAAAAAACUCCCCAUACCAGAGAAGAUGAAGGACUUUCUACGUUGUGAAGAACAUUUUAGUAAAGAUGCAUAUGAAAAGGUGCCAUUGGACAAAAAGGAAUGUCCUUUCGAUUGUCCUUCCUAUUGUGACUCAUGGGAUUGUCCUCCUAUAGACAUAGAACCAGAUGAUACCGAACUUGAUUUGUAAUUGAAUAGUUGCGAUUAUGUGUAGUACCAAAAUCAUUAAUAAACACUAAACAAUUCUUCAAAAUACAUGUUUACUAUCAGGUUACAAGUAGCAAAUAUAUAAAUAUACAGCACUAUCUGCAUUUAUCUGGAUAUGAAAUAUCAUGCCUGGGAUAUUAUGACACAUGUUUCAUAUUAAACUGAUAUGUUUUGUAUACCCAUUAUAUAUUUCAAUAGACAGAGCAAGCCACAUGUUUCAAAUUAAACUGAUAUUUUUUGUAUGCCCAUUAUACAUUUCAAU